CGGAUAUUGGGGUUGGCCCGCAAUUGCGCUGCGCCUGUGUCUGCCCCCCACCCUCCAGACCUAGGGAGGAAGCAGACCCCAAGCCCCGGCUCUGGGGCCUCAGGGAGCGCUCGGUCUGAGAGGCGCUGCAAGCUCCAUUCAGACCCAGGGCGGUUACGGAGAUGGCUUCGAGCAGGGAACCCGCGUCCUGGCGGGGCUGCGCCCUGUGUGUCUGGCUACUGCUCUCUGUCUCCGGUGCCUCAGAGGUCUCCCAGCCCUCUCUGUUCCAGCCUCAGUCUUCUGUGCUGAGUGGACAAGGCAAUCCACAGAUCUGGUGUGUGGUGCUGGGCAGCCCUGUCAGCGCUCAUGUCGUGUCUUGGUACCAGCAGCUGGUGGGGAGUGGCCCCACCUUCCUGCUAAGUCAGCAAGAAGGGAUGCCCCCAACCUAUGGUUUAGGUGUGAAUCCUCGCUUCCUGGCGGAGAUGGACCCAGCCAAGAAUGCCGCACUCCUUACCGUGGGCAAUGCCAGUCCUGCCGAUGAGGGCACCUACUACUGUGCCCUGUGGUUUUCAGGCCAGUAUGUCUUUGGAGAAGGUACCCGUCUGCUCUAUCAGGCUAGGAAGGAAGCCCCAGCUCUCCAGCCACCUGAGCUGAGCCUGUUCAUCCCAGCCUCUGGCCCUCCCUUCCAUGUACUUUGUGUGGCCCUAGGACACAACCCUGACCCUCUCAGGGUCUCCUGGGUCCUGAAAGGCCAAUACCAGGAGGAUGAGGACACCACUGGAGAAGCUGGGGAGCCCGUGGUCAGCUGGCUGCAGCUGCCGCAGGAGAUGGCAGGAAUUUCUGUGACUUGCCGAGGCUUGCACCAGACUGGAGUCUCAGAAGUUGUGCUGCCCCUGCCCUGUGGCCAGGGUUGCAGAAGGCUGGAAUUGAAGAAUGGGAAUGAGACUCACGAGAAGAGUGGACAUACUUGUCUAGAGCUGGAACAGACCCUCACUGCUGCGGCCAGCUGCUACCUGGGACUGCUGGGUGCAGCUCUGAUCUAUGGCCUGAUCUUGGCUGCCCUCUGGAGGAAUCGCUGCCGUUGGGCCCACCCUACGAAGCCACUCACCCGACAGGGUCAAGGAGCAGCCCUCGGUUCCAGGGCGCAAGUGGGCAGAAGGUGCCCUCCUGCCAGGGCUGCAGAGCGCAAGAGGCCAAGUCCCAGUGGGUCCCACGUCCUCCGAGGGGCUGCCUGUGUACCGGACCCUCCCUCCUUACUCCAGCCAUCUUCCUUCUAGUCUGCUGUCUUUUGUUACCCUAUAGGUGCCCCUUUUUCUUCCAGACUACCCAAAUUUCUCCAUAAAUACAGGAAAUUUG